AUGGGGCUUGAGGACAGGAACAAGUGCUGGUGCUAUGGCCCAGAGCCAAGCCACUGGGCAGCUGGCGGCCGUCCCCCUCGGGGGCAACAUGGACCCCACUCUCUCUGCAACCCCCGGGGCCAGGGCACUGACAGCGCCUUGUCCUGGGGAGGCCAGGACCACAUGGAUGGGCAGAUCCUGGGCCAGCUGCGCCCCCUGGCAGAGGAGGAGGAGGAAGAUGGUGCUGCUCUGGCCCCGAGGCCUGCCUUCCCCGGGAUGGGCUCAGAGGAGCUGCGGCUGGCCUCCUUCUACGACUGGCCGCUGAGUGCCGUGGUACCGCCGGAGUUGCUGGCCGCUGCGGGCUUCUUCCACACUGGCCAGCAGGACAAGGUGAGGUGCUUCUUCUGCUACGGGGGUCUGCAGAGCUGGGAGCGAGGCGACGACCCCUGGACCGAGCAUGCCAGGUGGUUCCCCAGGUGUGAGUUCCUGCUCCGGACAAAAGGAAGGGACUUUGUCUGCAGGGUUCAGGAGUCCUGUUGCUGCCCACCGGGCUCCUGGGACCGGUCGGAGGAACCAGAAGAUGUGGGUCCUGCCACCCCCUCAGCUCCUGCCCCGCCAGGGCCUGAGCUGCUCACACCCAGAAUAGAGGCUCAGGUGGAGAGUGCCCUGGAGUCAGGCGUGCAGGAUGCAGAGGAGCAGCUGCGGCGCCUUCGAGAGGAGCGGACAUGCAGGGUGUGCCUGGACCGCACAGUGGGCGUCGUCUUCGUGCCCUGCGGCCACCUGGCCUGUGCCGAGUGCGCACCCAACCUGCAGCAGUGCCCCAUCUGCAGGGCCCCCGUCUGCAGCUGCGUGCGCACCUUCCUGUCCUAG